AUGGGAACUCCUUUUCGCAGUUUCCGCGCUUCGAUAGACUCUUCGGCUGAAACAAACGUUUGCUGUUCUCGUAACCGUCUGGUCCUCGGCCAUGCGGGAGGGAAAAGGGAGAGAGAACGGAAGAAUCAGGAUGAACUUGCGAAUACGUCCACACGUGGCGCGGGAAGCGGGGGAGGCUGGGAAUCCCCGGGGUCGGAGCAGGUGAUCCCCGCAAGGGAACACGACGUUGGGGGAAAGCUCAAGGGCUGCUUCGGGGCUUUUCCGGGAGUGACACGAGCGCUGCUAAGUUUCGUCUACGGGGAUGUAGAGCGCAUUCGCGAGUACGGCAACACUGGCGCACCGUGCCGCGAUGUUGAGGCUUCAGCUUGCACGAGCCGUAAAAAAAGGAUGGUGGAAUACAACCCUCUUCAAAUCGCCGAGUCGAAAUUCGAGAAAGCAAGUCUCGCGGAGGAUGGAGUAGAGGAGGCUGAGCGAGCUUUAAGCAAAGUACGUGUGACGUUCUACGAAUCUCAACGCCCUUUGGUCGUCAGCUCGCCGGACCCGCCGUCAGCCAACUUCAGGAACCUCGACGAUCCCAAUAAGUCCUGUCAUUCCGCUGCUGAACACCCCAUCAUGGUGGUUGGUGAUUUGCGUGAUGGAGCCGGCUUCAGCGACCCGAUGACGUGA